AUGGCCAUCCCGAGAGCACGCGAACAGCCACCACCUCCCUUGCCUCCUCCACGUCACAUCGAAGUCAGAGGUGGUCAAGACCCUGGUUGGCAAUGGGGUAACACAAACAGCCCAAGGGAUACCGGCUUUGGCGGAAAUCGGCUCGCGACAGUUAAACCUGGCUCGAGCUUAUACGGUGGAGCCACAGGCGGCCACCCGCGGGAGCCUUCGCUCGAUAUGUUUAACCACGGCCGCGAACCGUCCCUCUCAAGAUCCAUCGACGGUAUGAGCGAACACAGCACCAGCGAAGACGACCGUAGUAGCAAAGCUCGGCCCUCUCUCGGGAACCACAGAUUUACGAGUGAGCGACAACUCGGUCAGAAAGCCCUCCAGAACUCAUCGCAAGCCUACGACAAACAACUGCUUUCGAAAAUUGGCGGCCCGAAUACACCCACACGGACGACUGCACCACCACUCCCCUCUGGCAACUCCCAAGACCCCGCCGCCGAUACACACGCUUCUUCACAUAAGCUCAACGGCCAACUGAAGCCACUGACUGUACCGGCUACAUCACCUGGCUACAGCGGCUGGCGAAGUCCCGGCUUCGACUCAGCGGAUUCAUACAUAUCACGUUACGGCAGCAUCUCAACGCCAGGUCCUUUGGACGAAACUUCUUCACAACAUCGUGGUAGCUACGAUCAUAGCAUAUUCUCGGACCCUGAGUUUGUUGGCAUGGAAGAGAAUGGAAUGCGCGAUUUGAACAUCAACGAGCGCAGCCCUGCCGAGUCAGAGGACUAUCAGUUAGGCCCAAAGGGUGGCCUGAAACGGCGGGCCUCGUCCCCGCCCUCUGAAGCCGCGCGCGAUGACCGUCCCAUUCCGACUGGCCAUAACGACCUCUACCACCGUCGCUCCCAGCAAAUGCUCGUCAAUCGGAACUGCACAGCUUCGCGUUUUCAGUCAACCCAAAACUCACUGUCCUCCGCCGGGUCCGCAAGUCAACGUAGUGGCUCGAUUGGCUCCUCAUUUGGCUUUUCAACCGCUCCAAGUAGCAUGGCAAGUUAUUGCGGAGAUCAGCGCCUAUCGCCCACUAAUAGGUCGUUGGACCCUAGUCCCCGCGGGUCGUUGUCGCGACCUCCGCAUCAACGGGGUUUCUCAGAGGCCGAGCAUCCGCAGAUACGAAGAAUGUCUACGGAGAGCAUGCUACACUCGCGUCAGAAUUCAAUCGCAAGCCGCAUACCGGGGGCUUAUAUUUGCGAAUGCUGCCCUAAGAAACCCAAGAAAUUCGACAGUGAAGAUGAGUUACGAGCACACGAACUAGAGAAGCAGUACACUUGCCUGUAUUGUCCCAAUCGCUUCAAGAAUAAGAACGAGGCGGAGCGCCAUCAGAAUUCCCUUCAUCUACGCCGUCAUUCUUGGUCGUGCGCCACUCUCACCAAGAUCGAGGCAGCUUUCCAUCCCUCACCUACUCGUCCAGCCGUGGCAGAUAUCUGUGGGUAUUGCGGUGAAGAGUUUUCCAACCCCGCCGACUGGGAAGCGCGAACUGAGCAUCUUAAUCACGUGCACAAGUUUGGUGAAUGCAACCAAGCCAAGAAAUUCUUCCGCGCAGACCAUUUCAGACAGCACUUGAAGCAUAGCCAUGCUGGAACUAGUGGAAAAUGGACCAACAUGCUAGAGAACGCCUGCAUGAGAGACGAGCCCCCACCACAAGAGCGUGUUGGCUCGAUGGGCUCUAUAUCCGGCCCCUCGAGCCUGGCAUCCAAGCCAGGUGUUAUUAACGAAGCACACGACGAGGCAUGA